GCGACAGAGUCGGCUCAAGACGACGACCGCACCCGUGGCAGCGACAAUGACGACCACGGACAUUCAGACGCAGAUUCUGCAGACCAACCCGAUCCUCGAAGCGUUUGGGAACGCCAAGACGGUCCGCAACGACAACAGCAGUCGGUUCGGCAAGUUUAUCGCGCUGCAGUUUGGCGCCGAUGCCAAGAUGGUCGGCGCCAAGAUCUCGGUGUACCUCCUCGAGAAGAUCCGGCUCAGCCACCAGUCGCUCGGCGAGCGCAACUUUCACAUCUUUUACGAGCUCUGCGCUGGCGCCGACGACGAUCUCGCCGACGCGCUGGAGCUGGGUGGCAUGGAAGACUAUGCGAUUCUGAGCCAGAGCGAGUGCUACGAGCGGCGGUCGGUCGACGACGCGGUGCAGUUCAACCUGACGACACAAGCCUUUCGGGACAUGGGCGUCCCGGACGACGAGACGACGACGAUUCUGAGUGUCGUGGCCUCGCUUCUGCAUCUCGGCAACGUGGCCUUUGACGCCGUGACGUCGUCGUCCUCCAACUUGGAGAUGGCGGCGAUCGCAGCCUCGUCCGCGGCCCACUUGUCAACGGCGUCGCGGCUCCUCGGGGUGUCCUCCGAGGCGCUGGUGACGGCGCUGGUGACGCGCCGGAUCCACACGACGCGCGAGGUCGUCGAGGUCAAGCUCACGGCGGCGCAAGCCGAGGACGCCAAGCAGUCGCUCAUGCAGAGCAUUUACGGCGGCCUCUUCCUCUACAUUGUCGAACGACUCUCCAACAUCAUUUGCCAUGACCGCGCGUGCGUCACGACGAUCGGGAUCCUCGACAUCUUUGGGUUCGAGAACCUCCACAGCAACGGGUUUGAGCAGCUCUGCAUCAACUACGCCAACGAGCGGCUCCAAGCGCAGUUCAACGACCUCGUCUUUGCCAAGGAGCAGCGCAUGUACGCGUCCGAAGGCAUCGAGUGGAAGUACAUUGAGUUUCCCGACAAUGCCCCGUGCCUCCAACUGCUCGAAGAUCGCCCGGCCGGCAUGUGGUGUCUGCUCGACGAAGAGUGCAUUUUGCCAAAGGGCUCGAACGAAGCGUGGAUCACCAAGUUGUACCAGACAUUUCUGCCGCCGGACGAGACCAUCUCCGAGUCGCGCCGGCACUCGAACCCCGAGCGCGGCCAGCUCAAGAAGCCACCGUCGGGCCCCAAGCCGACGCGACCGUUCUACGCGUCGCACACGCAGCAAGUCGCGUAUCAGUUUGUGAUUGGCCAUUUCGCCGGGCGCGUCAUGUACGAGCUCGACGCGUUCCUUCAGAAGAACCAAGACGCGCUGCCGACCGAAGCCAUUGGCCUCUGCAACGCGUCGUCGUCAUUGCUGGUGCAGUCGCUGCUGAAAGCCAAGGUCCCGGCGAAAGCAGCGGUGGCGCCACGCCUCGCCCGCGUGCCCAGCAGUCUGCGCGCCGCCAGCGUCAGCGCCCAGUUCAAGUCGCAGCUCGACGAGCUCAUUGGCGUCAUUGGCAGCACGCAAGCGCGGUACAUUCGGUGCGUCAAAUCCAACGACACAGCCGAGCCCCGCUGUCUGCACAAGGCCCGCGUCGUCCAGCAACUCCGGUCGGGCGGCGUCCUCGAAGCGGUCCGGAUCGCCCGCGCCGGGUACGCGGUGCGCGUUGACCACGCUUCGUUUGUCGAGCAGUUUGGUUUCGUGCUGCCGUCGUCGCCGCGCAAGGCGACCGUGCUGCCGAUCAAGACCAAGUGCGAGCGCAUUGCGGCCACGCUGCUACUCGAGUGUGGCGACCACACGGACGUGGCCAAGCGCGUCUUGAGCGCGUUGACGUACGACCGGGCCGCGUUCCAGGACGCGUGCGGCCGCGCGGGCUUCCAGCUCGGCGUCUCGAAAAUCUUUUUCCGCAAAGAAGUGUACAACACGCUCCGGCUGCGUCGGCGGCAAAAGCUGUCGGCGUCGGCGACGCACAUCCAGCGCGUCUAUCGAGGGUACCGCGCCGCCAAGGCGUAUGCGAUCGCGCGCGCGGCUAUCGCCGCGCUGCAAGCAUUCGCCCGGCAACUGCUGGCGCGACGCCGGCUGCAGCGACGCAGCGCAACGCGAAUGCAAGCCACGUGGCGCCGGUACGCUGCGGUGCGCCGCUGGACGUUGCUGCGCCGCGGGGUCGCGGCCUGCCAGCGCUUUUGGCGGUCGCGUGCCGUCUGGCGGCGUGCGAUGGCCGAGCGCGAGACGGCCAAACGUCUCGAGCUGGAGGCGCUUGCACAGGCUCAAGCUGCCGUCGACGAGCAACGGCGUGCGGACGACCGGCGCCGGGCCGCCGAGCUAGAGGUGGAGCGGAGUAUGCCGACACCGACACUCUCGCCGCGUCGCGGAACGUCGCCGGUGGUCAACGCCGUGUCGUCCGUGGUCCAUGGCGCAUCGCCGGUGGUGGCUACGGUGUCGCUGCCACAAUCGACGACGACGACGACGACGACGGUGCUGACCGACUCUGCGACCGCGGCACUGGUCGAGAACCUCACGCUGCAGAAUGAAAAGCUGCGGCUUGAGCUCGAGCUGCUUCGACAGCAGACGACGACGACGUCGGCGCUUGUGCCGCGGGCCGUUGACGAGCUUGCGUUUGCCCACCAGCAGAUUGUGUCGCUCUCGCAGCAGCUGCUCACGACCCAGAUUCGGUACUCGAAUCUGCUCCUCGACUACAAUGAGAGUGUCCACGGCUACGACGCGGACCGACCGUCCUUGAGCGAAGACGCGUUUUCGAUGGUCGACGACCUCGCGGUGCCGUGCCCCGACACGCUCGAGUGCGCCCAAGAGCAGCUCCGCACGCUCCUCCGCAAGCUCCAUGCGGCGAAAGAAAAGCUCAAGCAUCUCGAGGCCGACCGCGUCCGCAAGCCGCGCGGCGACUCGAUCGAAGGCUUGGAGUUUUACCCGCGCAAGUCGACCGAGUGGCGCCCGGCGUUCUACCCGCCGUUGGACGAGCUCGGGUACGACUCGGACGCGGACGAGUACGACUCGCGGGUCGACGAGCUCCAGCGCCAGGUCGACAGCCUCCGGACCUGCAUGCACACAAAGCGGUCGCUCGCGAGCCUCCCGAGCACGGUCUCGACGGCCUCGGACUUUGUCGAGCGCCGCCCGACGAGCCGCCUCACGUACCACGUGCGCGACAUCUCCAAGUGGGCGCGCGACGCCGUCUGCUUUGAGUGCAAGACCGAGUUUACCUGGUUUACGCGUCGCCACCACUGCCGCCUCUGCGGCCACUCGUUUUGCCACGAACACUCGAACCGCCGCGCGUGCCUCGUCGGGUGUGGCGCCGAAGACGAGUCCGAGCCGGUCCGCGUCUGCGACGUGUGCUUUGUCGAAAUCUGCGUCGAAGCGCGCAAGUCGGAGGCAGCGUCCCGCCGGUUCCCGCAGUUUGUUUAGUUUUGGACGUUAUUUAUCCCCUUAUAUUUCUCCGCUUGGAC